AGAUUGUGCAAAGCAAAAAAAAAAUAAAGUCAAAGAAAAGUGAAAAUUUUACAAUUUUCCAGCGUUUACAAAAAAAUAUAUUUUCUAAUGGCGCCGCCGCCCAAAACGGUUGGGGACCGGGACCAGGGCAGCGCCAGUGCCCGCAGCACCGGCGUCAGCAACAACAACAACAGCAACUCGGUGGGCGGGGCAACCGGCGCCGUGCCCAAACAACAAACGCCCAUAAACGGAGCACCUGGCGGUGUAACUGCAUCUUCAUCCGCUUCCUCGGUGGCCAGCAGAUCGGCACGAUCGCGCCGCCAGCAGGAGCACCUGGGCGAACCGGACCUGGACUUUGUGGAGCCUCUACAGCGGGAGACGCUGAAAACGCUGAACGAUCUGCUACAGCGCGCCCGCAUCACCAACGGCAAGAAUCGAUCACCGGCGGAGCAGCAGCUGACCACCAAGGAAACCAGGUCACCUGCCCAGCAGCAAAAGCAGCGCGAGACACUGCGUCAAUUGGCCGCGGAGCACAGCAGCUACGAUUCAGCAGAGCAACUGCAGGAGCAGCAGCAGCGCUACCGAUUCCCCGUGCGUCCCGUCCAGAGGGUUCAGCACCAGCCAUCGUCGUCAUCGUCCGGUGCCAUAGUCUCCGCCCCCUCAUCUUCGUCCGCUUUGCUGCGACUGCGUCAAUCGACGCCCCCGAAUGCCACAGUGGGCGUGGUCAUUCCAAACGCCACCACCAGCAACGGAAACGGAAACGGCAACUUAAGUGGCCCCGACGAGCAGUCCACCCCACUGACCGCCGCCGGACUGCAGAACCUGGUCCACCGGCUACUUGGUGUGCACCCUUUGGGCCCCAGAAUCGAAGCAGGCCGCUCCCAGGUGGAGGUGUUACGAUCCCUGCUGGAAUUGGACGAGAACCUAAACAACAGAGGACAACAGUCCAGUGCAAAUCUAGUGGAGCAGCUCAGCGACAUGGUGCACGAGAUCAACCCAAGUGCGGAGCAGGACGAGGGCAUUGUCAAUUCGACCAGCCUGGAGGAUGUUGCAUUAAGCGAGAUGAGCGACCGCGCCCAGUCCAUUCAGUCCCUGCACAGCGUCCUGGAGACGCCCACGCCCGAUAAUACGCCCAGUUUCGAUGAGCUGCAGCAGCGCCUGGAGGCCUCCAAUAGGAACAUGCAGCACCUGCAGGACGAGCAGGCCAAGCUACUGCACAUCCAGAACCUGGCCAAGUCGCACCUCACCGAGAUGGAGCAGCUGCGCCAGCAUGCCGAUCGCCUGCCGCACAACAGCAACGGCGGCGAGGCCCCCAAGUACGAGUCCGUGCAACAGGUGCAGGACGACAUGGCCUCGUUGGUGGGGCGCAUGAAGAAUCUCACCGCCUUCAUCCACAACCAGAACGAGCUGAGCACUGUGCUCGGCGAUGACGGUCCCGAGAUAAUGGCCGAGCAGGAGGCACUGCAGCAGAAACUGGAAUCUCUGCGCACCCAGCGUGAGGACAUGCGCAACCUGGUGGACGAGCUGAACAGCAUUAACCGCACGGCCAGGGAAUCGACCAGGGCCAUCAAGGAGGAGACCCCCACGCCACCGCCAAAGCCAGCUCCGGUUCCAGUGGCGGUCAAGGAGCGUGUGGUGCCGGUGGAGUACCAGCGGAAUGUGCCCAUCAUGCGCCAGGAGGCGGCCAAUGCGGCGCAGCGAGCCCUCCACGCCCAGGCCAUGAUCAACCAGAAGACGGCGGACAUAGAAGCCCUCAAGGCUCAGAUGGCCAGGCUUAAGGGCAUGCUGAACACGGUUAGCCAGAUCGAGGAGAGCACGCCCAGCAUGGGCGCCUCCCUGGAGCGGCGGAGUGAGGAGCGGACCAGUGUGGAACGGGAGCUGCCGACGGAGAUUGCCCAGCGGGUUUUCGCCCUCAACGACGUCACCUCGGAACUGCGCGCCGAGGCGGUCAGCCUGCAGAAGGAGCGCGAUCGCAUCCUGGCCCUCAAGGCGGAGAUCGAGCGCCGCAAGCAGCAGGCGGCCGCAGCAGUUCAGAUGGGCGAGGAUGCCCUCAAACGAAACAGCCUGACUCCGACACCCACGCCCAUCAGACAGCAUCAGGUGGCCGAGGAGGAGGAGGAUCCGUCUGAGGUGGAUACCACUUCGCUUCAGGCCACGCCCACCAAGGAGCAACUGCGCGACGAACUGCGCCUGCAGUGCGAGCGCCUGCGCAAGGAGUACGAGCAGAAGCAGCGGGAACUGGAGCAGCGCUACGUGGCCAGCAACAACACCACCUCGGAGGCGGAUGACGAGGGAAACGACGACACCGACAGCGACAAGUACUUCGCCAACGUGCGCACCGCCUCCUCGGCGACGCUCAAGCGGGCUGCGUCCGCCAGCACGGUGGUGGAGCAGAGGCGUGGCCAACAGGCCAGCCUGCCUUCGCAGCCAGCGCCUCCGCCGCCGGCUCCUCCGUCCACCCUCAACGAGGAUGACCUAAACGUGACCCUCGACACCCUGUCCCUGGGCAACGACAGUCUGCCCUCGAGCAGCAACAGGUCGCAGUACAUGCCGCCGCCCAUGGCUCCAGUGCCUGGAAUUUGGGCAUCGCACAACUCUGGCAAUUCAUGGCACGGCCAGCAGCCCAUCUAUGGCCAGACCAACUCAGGCACGGGAAACGAGUUCAAGGCACCGCCAGCCGCCCCCCAGGUGGGCUCCUCGAAUGCCUCCGGAUCGAAUGCCUCGACCGACGCCGUGCUCCUGCAGCAGUUCAUGCAGACGCAGCAGAUGCUCAUCAACUCGGUGUGCCAGUGCAACCAGACGCUGUGGCACCAGCAGCGGGAGAUCGACAACCUGAACAACCAACUGCACACGCUCCAGGAUCGCUUAAAUGUGGUGGCUUGUCAGGAUCACAGCUUUGGUCUGCGCUCGGAAUCAGUGCCGCCACCGAAUCUGCCGGUGGGCCCGGGGAUGGGUCAAAUGCCCAACAACCUGUGCUUGGGCAACAGUCGGGCGCAGUCGGAGCAGCUGUUCAACUUUGGCGCCCACCAGAGCGCCUUCAGUAACUAUCAGCGCAGCUGUCACCGGACUGGAAGCGAGUCGCAUCAUCAUCAUCAUCAGCAGCAGCAGCAGCAGCAGCAGCAGGCACAUCAGCAGCAGCCGUUCCUGAACAACGCCGCACCGCCGCCGCCGCCACCGACGCACUACAACAACGAGACACCGCUGUCGCCGCCCACGUACCGCUCCAGUCCGGGUCCAAUCUUUAUGAACCACCACAACAACACGAUCCAUCAGAACAACUCGAACCUGCGCACGCAGAACCAGCACGCCAACAACUUGCACUCGCUGCCCGAGGGAGCGGCUGGUGGCGGAGCUCCCGGUGGCGGGAUCACCUUGAACAACCAGGUGCCACCCGGCAACCGGGCCAACAACUACUGGGACAACUUCCGCAGCCACUCGCGCCAGAAUCUCCUGUCGAACAAGAGCAACGAGGAGCUGAACGUGGACCUUCAGCAGUAUCGUCGCCAGCGGGCGCGUCCCAGCUACUUUCAGCCGCCCCAGCUGCUGGCACCGCCCACGACCCGCGGUGGCUUGACCCACCAGCAGCAACAGCAGCAACAGCCGCAACAGCAGCAACAACAGCAGCAGCGACGCCACUUUUUCGAGUCGCCACUAACCGCUUUGCAUGGCAGCAGCAAUGGCAGCAACAAUCUGAAUAACAGCGGCAGUGCGGCCAGGAAACGCGACUGGCGCGAUGAUGGCGCCCACAAUCGUGACCAGGACGAUGAGGACUUGGACGAGGUGGAGGAGAACCAUGACAAUGUCAUAUUUGGCUCUGGGCGACGUCGCAAUCGUCGUCGUCCGCAACUUUCCACGCUGCGAGAUGAGGAGCCGGAGCAGGCCAGUUCCUCCAAUCUGAACAUGAACGUUAAUUAUGGCAACAGUCCGCUGUACCAGCGGAACAAGGUGCCAGCCAAGCCCACCACUUCCACGGUUUCGCUGACUCCGCUGCAGCAGCGACACCUGCGCUUCGACUUCGAGCUUCCCGCUCACUAUAUGGACUACAUUGAGCUGCCACAGUUAACUCCGGUGGACAACACUCCGCUGGCGGGUCAGGAUGCCUGCCCCGCGGACGAAUCCAAUGCCAUGGAGCAGUCCGAGGAGACGGCCUCCGAGGAGCUCAAUCGCAAUCUGCUGGUCAAUGCGUUGAAGAACGACAAGUUCACCACAAAGUUCUACGAGUCCAUCAAGGAGGAUGUCUACCGCCGGCUGGAGACCCUCUUCGAGCAGCAGCAGCUGCAGCAGCAGCAACAGCAGCAGCAACUGCAGCAGCAACAAAACCAGCAGCUACAGCAGUCGCUGGAGCCGCAUGGCCUGCGAAAGGCUCUCAACCAGGAGGAGAAUGAGCCCUCCUCGGUCGACGCAGAGGCCACCGAGAGUCGCAGUGAGACGCCGCUGGAGGUGAUGCGUCUGCAGCUGGACAACGAUCGGCCCGAGGACGAAAAGGGGUCGCCAGUGAAGAAUCAGCUGACUGUGGUCAUCCCCCAGAACGGUCAUGCCCAGGAAGAGCUGGAGGCAAGCGCUUCUGUCAUGCCCUCGACUGUGAAGUUGGAAAACGAGGAGCAAAUGCUCGAGGGAGAGGAGGAGGAGGAGCAUGUCGCCGGAUCUGGAGCAGGAGCAGGAGCAGGGGCCAGCGUGGAACUGGCCCCGGAUCACGAGCUCAUCGAGUACAUAAUCAAACGCAUUCGCAACCAGACGCACAACAACACCGUCAUCAACGAUUCCCUACUGGCGGAGGUCUCCAAGCUAACGGCCACCGCUGCCCAGAACUCGGCCGCCAGUUCGCCGCUCAUCUCGCCCAAACGCAUCUACGCCAAGAUCAAGAAGAUGGAGAUGCCGCGGCAGCGUGACGAGUUCUUGCUGUGGUACCGCUCCUAUCUGGAGCAGCUGUUCGUGGUUGAGCAGUCGCCGCCGCCGGACAAUUGCAAGGCCAAGCUGAAGUCGCCGCCGCCGCCACCGCCACCGUCGGCGGGCAGUCCGGCCAAGCAGACGAGGAAGCGGGUGCGCGAGCAGUCGCAGUCCCAGUCGCAGGACUCCAACAACGAUGCCGACUUGGCCGAGGCGGACCAGAAGAACGUAUCCUCCGCGGGCAAUGGCGACCUGGAGUGCGAGAACAACGAGAAUCCCGGCGAGGAGGCGGAUGGCCGGGCUGCAGCAGAGUCCUCCGGCGGAGAAAAACAGGACACAGGUCUCGAAUAGUAGGCUAUAUACAUUUAGGUUUAAAAACCCAACCACGCACACAUUCCUAAUCUCACAAUACACCAUCUGUACGGAUAUUUCACGACUCAUUUGCUGACGUUGCUUCUUGUUUGACCGUGACCCAUUUUCAUUUGGCAUAUAGUUUUUUAUUUAACAUUAAAUUAUGUAACAAUAUUAUAUAUAUAUAUAUAUCUAUUACACUGAAGACAACAA